CAACAUCACACAGCUGACAUGGAGGCAUGGGAACGAGAUCGCCGUGCGGUGGGGGUGUCGCUGCCCAUCAGCCCAUACAUAUCUGGCCAAGCCUUCUUGCGAGGCCUCCGCAUUGGCCUGCACCAGUUGACUGCAGAGCAGCUGCCGAUUGUGUGGGCCAUGGCUCGGACGAGCGGGGCAACGGUCGUGACCUCAAAACUGCAGUCGUGCGACGUGGUGCUCUCCGGCGCUCCAGACUUACACCAUCAGCCGGCCAAGGCCUUCAGCAGCGAUGACGAGGGCAGCGGCAACAAUGAAGCUGGUAUCGAUGAUGUUCGUCAGCUCGCCAGCAAGCAUGGCAUCCCUGUCGUCUCGCCACACUGGCUCGUGGAGUGUUCCCAACAUCGCCGCAAGGUCGAUGACAGGCCAUAUCAUUUGGUGCCCGUGACUGCAAAGCGCCGUGCACGCCAAGCACCACGACGAAGGCGACAACGACGACAAGAUGACGAGGAUGAAGAUGAAGAUGAAGAUGAGGGUGAGGGUGAGGGUGAUGAGGGUGGGUUCGAUGAUGGUGGCGCUGAGAAGAUGGAGGGCAGUGAGGGCGAGGCUGCACCGCCGCAGCGGCGUGUUCCCGCCAAAGACCGUGUGUUCCUUCUCCACACCGGUGAAGUGAAUGGCAACAGCCACACACGAGCAACUGGGACGUCAGCCACAUCAUCAUCGUCACUCAUGUCGUUGACACGAUCACCCCCACCGGGAUUGGACGGUGUGGACGUGCAGGACGCGAGCACGUGGGCCGCUGCCAUCGCCUCAACCCGCGCAAGGGUAAUGUGGGAGGAUUGCAGCGAUGUCACGCACUGCAUCACAACAAAGCUUGAUGGGACGUGCACGGCGUUGGAGGGGCGCGGGGUCACGCUCGUGUCGCCAUAUUGGACACGAUACGCCCGCUGCCUCCCUGGCGUGGAUGUCGACCCAGCGUGUGAUAUUCUCUUCCGCCCCGUCACCAUGAAAACAGGCGCAGAGCCCACCACAGUAUCCGUGACGGGAUUUGUUGAGCUGGAACGACAAUACGUCAUUGAUCUCGUCUUGCACGCGCAGCUGCAAUAUCGCGGUGCUCUCAAGCGCUCCACAAACGUUCUCGUGUGCAAACACGCAGCCGGAGAUAAAUUCCGCUUUGCACAGGAGCGUGACGUGCCUUGCGUACACAUCGGCUGGCUCUUGGACACGCUUGCAAUGGGGGAGAAGCAGCCGUUCUAUCCGUACAAGAUGACCUCCGAUGCGCCAUCGUCAUCAACAACAGCCGCAACAGCAACAUCCUCAGCGCCUGGCGAUGUCGUGACGAUUGCAGGCCCGCCCUUGCCCUCGUGGGUGCGGAAUCAAGCAAAUCAACAGCUGUUCAAGCAGCACAAACACAUUCCACAGCCGCUGCCGGCGCCUGGUUCGCCGCAAAAGUCAGCACACCUCAUGGAAUCGGCGCAGAAGACGCGAAACUUCCGCGUCGCCUUCACGAGCGUCCCGCCCGUCGACAAACCAGAACUCAUCAAGGAAGCGCGCGAGAUGAAGUUGAAGGUUGUACAGGCGCCGCGCUGCACGCAUCUCAUUGUCGGCACCCCAACACGGACAUCCAACUUUCUCCGCGCGCUGUGUGUUUGUGAUUACGUCGUUCGCGUCAGCUGGUUGCAUCAGUCGCACUCCGCAGGCUAUCUCCUUCCAGAAAUCAUCUUGUCUGGCGCCCUCCACCAAAAGCUCUCCUUUGAUGCCUGGCGAAUCUACAAGCAAGACGCAUGA